UUAUUUUUUUUUGAAUCUUUUUUUGUCUCUCUUUCUCUCAUUUCCCUAAUACAUAUUGUAUUCUGGUGAGCUUUGCGUUAUCCGCGACAUUCGUGCCUUCUCAUCGAGCAAGUCAACCACAAUGGCUUCCCUCCCCCAAAAAUAUGACCGCCCGGUCCACAUCGCCGUCAUUGGCGGCACGGGUCUCUACAAGAUCGAUGGCUUCACCCCCGUCGCCGAGGUGAACCCAUCGACCCCUUGGGGCUAUCCAUCUGCCCCGAUCCAAAUCCUCGAGCACAACGGUGUCCCGGUCGCAUUCCUCGCUCGCCACGGCAUUCACCACCAGCAUGCGCCGCACGAGGUGCCCGCACGCGCCAACAUCGCAGCUCUGCGACAUAUCGGCGUGCGCUGUGUGAUUGCCUUCAGCGCUGUUGGGUCGCUGCAGGAAGAGAUCAAGCCUAUGGACUUUGUGGUGCCUGAUCAGAUCAUCGACCGUACCAAGGGCAUCCGCCCGUUCACCUUCUUCGAGGGUGGUCUUGUGGGCCACAUACCCUUCGGCGACCCUUUCGACAGCAAGAUCGUUGGUGUGGUCAAGGAGUGCGCUGCCGCCAUGCAGGGCGACGGCGUGAAGCUGCACGACAAGGGAACUAUCAUCUGCAUGGAGGGACCCCAGUUUUCCACCCGCGCCGAGUCGAACCUGUACCGCGCCUGGGGAGGAUCCGUCAUCAACAUGUCUGCUCUGCCCGAAGCCAAGCUCGCCCGUGAAGCCGAGAUGGCGUACCAAAUGAUCUGCAUGGCCACAGACUACGACUGCUGGCACAGCACCGACGAUGUCGAUGUCUCCAUGGUUUUCCAAUACAUGAACGCAAACAGUCAGAACGCCAAGCGGCUGGUAGGCGCUGUUUUGGACGAGUUAACCAAAGAGGAGAACAGCGAUUUGGUUACUGCCAAGCACUGGGAAGGACAGAGCAAGGGCGCUGUGUCUUUCUGCACAAAGCCCGAGGGGCGAAGCGAGAAGGCGCUGGAAGCCGCCCGGUAUCUUUUCCCUGGCUUCUUGGAGGAUUAGAAGCUCUCAUCGGGCAAUCCAACUCAAACCCAAGCCCUGACGUGUUCGAAUGAUAUU